ACGUCUGUGUAAUAAGCAGUUGCUUGAAACAUGAAGAUCGUAUGCAGAGGGUGGAGCAUUGGAAUGCUCUUGACAUGCCACGUGUCUUGCACUUAGCCCUCUGAUUGCGGUGGAUUUGUGGGUUCGAUGCCGAAACCACCUGGCCCAGUGGCAAAACGGUUAAAACUGAAGGAUGAUUCAGUUUCGGGUUCCGAUUCAGCAUCUACGAGAACGAGUCGAAAAACACGUGGAAAAAUGAUGAGAAGUAAUGAAAAAAUAGGAACUUUGACGAUGGAUGAAGCCAUUAAAGCUGCUGAGAAGAUUACAGGAUUUCAGAAAAUUGAUCUCCGCCUAACACAUCGUCGAGAUUCCGAUGCUGCAAACUCGAUGAAAUGGAUAUCCACAUUUGAUGAAGAUGACGUGGUUAUUCAACGAAAACUCUGUAUGAUAUGUAAGCAGAGUCCGAUGGAUGCUUUUUUCAAAUCUCAUGUUGCUCAAGCUCAUCCAGCUACACCAUCGGAAGCAUCAGAAGUGAUGAGAAGACUCAGUGACGUCAGAUAUUCAAGAUUUUGUCAAAAUGGACAAAUUUCGAAGGAAUCUAUUCAAAAGAUGUUCCCAACGAUUUCACCGAUUCUUCUGAUCAAUUUUCUUGCCGGCUUAGGAUUUAUAAUAUGUCGGAAAGAUUAUAAUAAGAAAUCUGUGAAUUUUGAGAAGAAAUAUCAGGGAUCCGAUGUUCGUGGUGUCUCAAAAUCCGAAGCCAAUGAAAUUCUGAACUCUUUAAAACAGAAUUCCAUUCGAUUUCUGGAUGAACUUGAAUUCAGUGCUGAAAUUGUUACGAAUGCAAGAAUGCUUGAUCCUUCAACUCAAUCUACAGUUCAAUGCCAUAUUUGUGAUAAAAUUUCGAAUCUGAAGAAUUUCACGCGACACAUGCAAAUUCAUAGGGAUUCCUUGGAAAUUUUGGGAAUCAAAUAUUCAUUGGAUGACGUCAUUGAAAUAUUUAAAAGAAUCACUGAUGUUCGAAAUACGUUGUACUACGCAGCACAACCAAUAUCACAAUCAAAAAUCAUGGAAAUUUGUGAAGGAAAUGUCGAAGUUCAGAGGAAACUUGUUUCUUUUCUUCUUGACGCUGGAUUCGUGGUAGCAGACACUUCGAAAUAUGAAUCAUUGGCUCAAAAGAUUAUUGUAAUGGAUCCGGAGAUGCCAGAAUUGAUUGAAGUGAAAGAAGAACCAGAGGAUUGCGAUGAGAAAUAUGAACUACCGAUUCUCGAAGUGUCGGAGCCUGGAAGCUCGGAGCCCAGUGAAUCUAGAACGAGAAGUCGUUCUAGUAGUGUAACUAGUGACACGAGCUCCAUUUCGUCCACGAGUUCAACCGAAUCCAGAAUAAUUCUCCGACCGUGCAGCUCUCCAUCGGAUGAACAAUUCCCAUAUUGUGUACUGAAUGCGAUUCCAGAACAUUUUGAAGUAGAACACGCACUUUUUGAUAUUUUGGAAGCAAUGACAGACGAUUCGGAAUUUAAAUUAGAAAAAUCUCAAUUUGGAUUCCUUCUUGGAUAUACUAUGUAUUGUCUUGUAGUUGCUAAUGGAAGCAAACAGAAUGUUAUUUCACGUUUGACACUCGGGGACUUUCGGAAUUCAAAAAUUGAUGAGCAAUCUGGACUUCAUUAUUUCUCGUUUUCAACUAAAACUACAUGCAAAAAACUCGAUACUCUGGAGUACCUAUGUGCUGAUGAACGAAUUUGGAGAGCUCUAGAGAUAUUUGAAGUUGCAAGAGAAAGAAGAGCAUUAGAAAUGAAAUGGAGCACAUUGAAUGAGAAUUCUGCUCCAUUUUUCUUUUCAUUUGUCUCACCGUCUCCAAUUGUCAAGGAUACAAACUACUGGUUGAGCAUAUUUCUUCGAUCUUGUGGUAUUGAUUGGCUAUGUAAGAGCAAUAAUAUAUGCUCGGCAGCCUGGUCGCUAGUGUUUCGAGAUUCCAAUAAAACAUCUCAUCAACAGUAUGCGAUCACUUAUUUCAAAUUGUUACGAGAAAAAGAACGAAGUCAGAUUCAAUUUCUUGAUGGUGGUCUUGCUGGACAUCCGACUUAUCGCAAAAUUUCGUCUGUAGUAAUUUCAAAGAAACGAAAGAACCAUAUAGUACCGCAUGAAAAGAUUCGAAAAAAACAGAAAAGAUAUAGAACACCGGAACGUAUAGGAAUACCGAACAGGCCCAGAGGUGGAGAUCAUAAAUCUUUGGAUUUUAAGAGAAGAACCGGGAGAUAUGUUGAGCCUGAAAGCCCAGAAGAUUCAGAUGAGACUGAUAAGGUUCAAGAAUCUGUGAUUUGUCAUGUAAAGGAAGAUCCUAUCGAUUCCACGUAUUUUGAUAGUUGUGAAUGUAUCCCAACUCCUCUGGAAAUGACGUCACACUCGUCUUCUCAACUAUAUCAACAAUAUCGUGUGAAAGUCGAAGGAGAUGUGACUCUAACCUGCCUCUAAGCCUGUGUCUCUGCUUCUCUUCUCUCUCUUUCUCUCGUUGAUAAUUACGUUGCUACGGGUUACUUUAUUUACAUGUUCGCUGUCAAGUCAUAUGAUUGCAUUUUUUGUUUUAGAUAAUAUUAUUAUAAUGCUUUAAUAAAUUCAUCUCAUUGUUUAUUC